CCUGAAAUCGCGAACCGUCUCCACUUUCUGGCGCGAACGACGCUCGCUCGCUGCUAUGCCGGUGAAAUGGUACCCAAGAAAACCUCGCCGACCUCUCCUGUCGCUAUCCGAGGUACUCAAGAAUCCCUAACAAUGGUUCUUCCCCGCAGGUUGAUGAACUGGCUGCCGAAAUAUGGCUCUGAGAUUACCAAUCCGCUACUGGCGGAGGUUAUCCUGUGCUUGGAGGGCUUCGGCAGCAUCACCAAAGUUGGGAACUGGCUGCACCGGAUCACUAUCUACCGUGCCAUCGACCGUAAAGGCGCAUAUGUCUCCGAUGCCAGCGCCUCGUCCAGAAACCUAGGUCACAAAUUUUUGGGCAUCGCCUUCCAUGAUCACCCCUCGGUCUACUUCUUCGUCAUCCCACUCCCACGCCACUUGACCGUUCUCGAGGCGGACGCAAACAUCCAAAUCCUCAUGAGCCAACUCGGAUCGUUCAAGCAUUCGAGUGUCAGAUACUUCCAGGGUUUCCAGUAUCGACUAGGAGACUUUCAGCUGAAGGUGGGUAAAUGUUUUCGAUCAGCGCCUGAAAAUUUCAGGGGUAUUGUUUUGGAGAUAGAGUACCUUCCUCUAUCAUCGAUGGAGGUUUGCAGGCCAAUCAUGAAAGAAUUCUUUGGAAUAUUGCAAGAAGAAUUCUCCAAGAUGUCUGUGCCAGGCCAUUUGAUUAACAUUGAGGCGCACUUUGAGCGCUUUGGUCUCCAGGAUUACUAUACUGCUCAGCACACUGCUCUUCAGUAUUCGGCAUGCCUAUUUCAACUCGGGGUCGCCUUACGUGGUGGAAAGAAACACGAUCUGAUUAUUUCGGACUGCUUGCUUCGAAGAUCAUAGCUUAGAUACUUCCAUCAAAUUGAUUCAUUGAUUUUUGUUUUCCUUAUUAGUUUUAAAUUGGAGUGAUACGAUGCAUGUUAGCAUUGAUUUUCUUUUGAGUUUUCAAUUGUUUGAAAGCUUGCAAUUAUCAAAGUCAAUAAAGUAUAA